GCGCUAUAUUCUGAAUGAAAGGGUUUCACCGUCAAUCACUGUCCAACCGUUGUUUGGAGGAGCGUCGUGAUUGGCUGGCCGCGACGCCGGAGGCUCCAUCCUCCAAUCUGAUUGGCUAAAGGCAGUCCAGGGGGCGGGAGCUUUUCAGCUGCGACUGUCAAGAUUGGCAAAGUGCUGGCGCUGCUGCUGCUGCUGCUGCAGGUAAAACAAACGAGCGACAGGAGGAGAAAAAAAAACAACAAAACAUUCGGCUCGGCAGCGAGACCGCAGAGUUAUGGAAGCGUGGGAGCCGCUUCGGGACGAACACGAGCAGGAAACGGACUCGUAAACGGGCGGAGAAGCGCAACACCUUCGACAGCGUGGAAGAAAGUGUCAACCAUCGUCGCGUCCGUCCACGCUUUGUGCUGCAAACAACUUGGACAGCUGCGCGUUUUUCGAGCCAUCAUCAACAAAGAAUGAAGGCACUGAAACGAGCUUUGGAGGAAGACUACCGCCCGGAGCAGGAGCACUCCUCCGCCGUGUCGGACAGCGAUGACGGCUCCCCUCUUGACCUGUCGGGAAGAGGGCUCCUUGGGAAGCGCCGUCGUCGUGGCAACCUGCCAAAGGAGGCCGUGCAGAUUCUCAGAAGUUGGCUGUACGAGCACCGCUUCAACGCCUACCCAUCGGAGCAGGAGAAACUCAGCCUGUCGGGCCAGACCAGUCUGUCUGUGCUACAGAUCUGUAAUUGGUUCAUCAACGCUCGGCGCCGCCUGCUCCCCGACCUGCUCCGCAAAGACGGCAAAGACCCGACCAAGUUCACCAUUUCUCGCAAGGUCGGCAAAAGCGAGGCGUCGUCUCCCGCAGAAGGGGCCGGCUCCCUGGAGGCGGGCGCUUCGACGAGCGCCGCUCAGCAGCGCCCGUCUGUGAUCCGCUCCACCCCCACGUUGGACCUCAGCCUGCUGGGAAACACGGCCACGGCCAUCCUGACGGGAGCGGGCUACCCGGGGAAGGGGGGGUCUGUUCAGGCGCUCAUGAAGCUGGACACUCAGAGCCUGCUGAAGGAAGCGGAGGAAAGGGGGGCGCAGUUGGCUGCAGGGGCCAGCCCCUCCGGCGGUCUUUUCAACACACCUCCCCCGACUCCCCCUGAGCUGUACCCCACCCAGGACUUCAGCGAUCUGAGGCUCCUGGUGGAUGCAGCUCUGCAGAGGGCGGCCGAGCAGGAGAAGCUGAAGGAGAACAAACCUCCGGAGGUCCUGAAGGCAGAACUGGUGGACACAAAGAUGGCGGCUUACAGGAAGGACAUGGGCCCCACUCCACCCCCAGAGGAGCAGGUCAUGGACCCCUCCAGGGUGCAGAGUCUGAUGGAGAGAGCUAUGGCCGUUCCAGAUGUCAAGUCUCCUGUAACGUCUGUACCGGCUCCAGUCUUCCUCUCAGCUUCGAGGAUGUCUCCUCUUCCUCUGAAUAAGGUCAUAUGGAGCCCCGUGGAGAGAUCAUCCAGCCCCGACCAGCCGCAGCUCAAUCUGCCAGCCUUAGUGCCGAUGUCUGCUUUAGUCCUGGAGCUGCCAGAUCCCAAAAAACCGGCCUUCCCCUCAGCCCCGCCGGCCUCCUCCUCAAACGCGCCUCCCAUCUCGUGUCUGGAAGGCGUAUCGGAACCAGCAGCGGAGCCGGUCCUGGCAUCUGGCUCCACUUCAGCGUCGGCUAAAAGUCUGGACUCGGCCCAAACUCCGGUCGUCGCCCCUCCGGCGGCCUCCGUCGCCGUCCCACUUCACCUGCCGUUCUUCCCGCCCCUCUCCAUCCCGCUGACCGCCUCCUCUGCCUCCCAAGGCCCGGCGCCUGCCUCUGCAGCCCUGUCCACGUCUGCGAUGACCCCCCUUCUGGGCCUCACCCCCCACCUCCCUCCUGCUCUGCAGCCCUCCUCCACAAGCAGCAGCGCUUUACAGAGGAAUUUGGCCGUGGAGCCCGGCGUUUGGAGCAUGGCUCACGCCAACACCCUACAGAUGGUAAAGACCCCCGUCACCCCGGUGUGGGGGGGGCCCCAGCACAACCUACACAAAAUGAGGGAACCUGUGAAUUAGGGUCUUACCUGCAUGAGCACCACAGACUUUCUUGGACUUGUGUACAUAACUGCGAGAAUGUAUUUUCCUCCUCUUCCUCCUGACGGCUGCAGAGGGUCUUUCAUCCUUUAAAACCCCGUCAGACGGCAGUUUCUGCGUCUCCACAUUCCACACGGUAAACGUUUCGUAAAGAGAACAGUUUGGAUUUUCCCUGGCUUGUAUUGUCGUAGUCGUCAGCGCAGCAGAGUCGUUUUUUUUUUUUUUUUUUUUCUGUUGACCUGCUGGACUUGAUUGAAUGUAGAAGAACCGUUUGUGGCAUUGAAUUCACCCUUUUUUGACCAGUUUUUGCCUGUUUUUUUGGUUUUAUGCCCUCAGUUUUUGUUAUACUUACCCCUGGAUCACCACCCCCCCCUUUUUUUUAUAUAUAUUUUUUUAAUAUUCUUCAGUCUUUCUGAAAUGUCACGACAGUUGCUCUCUUGUGCCAAAUCAUAACUGUAUUCCCGUGUUUGCUUUUUCACAUCUCAAAGCUCUGUUCAAACUCUCACAGGUAAAGUUGAGUAGAGAAGUAGUGCAGAAUACGACUUUAUAUGUUUUGGAGGAUAGAAACAUUAAAUUAUCCACAUUUUGGGGUUUCUGUGUUGCAUAAAAAAAGAAAAAAACAACGCUUCAACUAAACUAAUGUAGCUGUUUUUGUACAAGAUCCUGGUUUUUCUUCCUUUUUUUUUUGUUCAGAGAUAGUUUCUAAUCAUCCAUAAGGCUGUAGUUUCUGUGAAACUGUUAGGGUUAACCAUGAAGCUGAAUGCUACCAUGAUAGUAUCUAUUGCCAGUAGCAGUGUGUGGAGUCUGUUCCUGUUGCAGAAAGUGUUAGAUGAAUCCUCAGUACUGUCAGGCUUAGCGGUGACGCAGAGCUUCAAGCAACCAUCUCUACGGUUUUUCAGGUAGAAGCUGUUGAAGUGUGAUGUGGGGUCAAGCAAAGACCGCAAUGAUUUAUUUUUUCCUCGUUUUUUAAUUAUUUUUUUUCUAGCUCCGUUUCCUCAUCUGUUGGCGUUCAGCUACAUGUCAUGUGUUUUCUGCCGCCGAUGCUCCGUAUGCAUUUAUACCUCACGUUACCGUCGCGUGCAGAGCACCGUGUUGAGUAUGUCUCUAAAUGUGGAUCCGUCAUCCGUCUGAUCAAAGGUACUGGCUGGAAAAUUAGGUUUUAUAUGGCAAUUAUUCCUGGUUUUAGAUGCAAACUGACACAAAGCGAUGUGGUGAUGUAAAUAGUUGAUGAACUUUUGUCUUUGUGCUGGCAUUAGCUCAGUUUCCUUCCCUGAAAGUUCAUGUUGUGAAUGACUGUUGGCGGUCCGAGCGGCUGCUGUGCCUUAAGCUUACGUCUGAGGGAUCUUCCCUCUUAACUUUGUUCCUCUUUUUGUUUUUUUUAUAUAUUAUAAACUCAAUAGUCUGUGCAAUACACGCCUUAAACUUUAAAUGUGUUUUUGUAUGAACAUUUCAAAGAAAUAAAGUUGAAUUUUUCAUAAA